AUGACAGUACCAAGGUGGAUUGAUCAAUCCACCUUGGACAGUACUAUAUUACAGUUGGUUAAAGACACUACAGGACGGCAAAAAAAUCUUUUAUGGUUUCAUUAUAGUGAUUAUAGGCAACAUAGAUUGACAGCUAGUAAUUUUGGAAAAGUGAUAGCUGCUUGUAAAAGAAAUAAGUUCCCAAAGUCAUUAUUUAAACAAUGGAAAAUAUUAAAUAAUAAUAACAUUACAGGUGUGCAUGCUGUACAAUGGGGUAAUACCAAUGAUGUUUGUGGUAUUAAGGCCCCAGUAAAAUACCAAAAUGUAAAUGUAAUACCAACUGGGCUGUUGUUAUAA